UCUCUUCCAAGGACAACCGACAAAUAUGAUUAACUUAACCUAAUUUUUUUUCCUUGCCUUAAAGCAACAGUACACAUAAUGUAUGCAAUAAAUAAACUAUUUAAAUUUGUAAGGAAUAAAAAAUAUUUCUCUCGUAUUUACACUCACAGUCAAUGCAAAGUGAAACCCCCGUGGAAGGUCAUUUUUUAUGGUACCGACGAAUUUUCAGUCGAAAGUUUGAAGGUACUCUGCAAGGAAUAUAGACAUGGAUCGUUAUUAAGCAAUUUGGAAGUUGUAACCUCACCAAAAGCUAAAAAGAAUCCAAUUGAAGUUUAUUCGCAGCAAGAAAAGUUAUUAGUUCAUAAAUAUCCAGUUGACGAAAUAAAAUGUGGCAACUUUGAUAUUGGGAUUGUUGUAUCGUUUGGACAUCUCAUUCCGGCGAAUAUAAUCAAAAGUUUUAAUCUUAGUGGAAUGUUGAAUGUGCACGCAAGUCUAUUACCAAGAUGGAGAGGCGCUGCACCAGUUAUAUAUGCGAUGGCGAAUGGCGAUCAAGAAACUGGAAUAACCAUAAUGAAAAUAAAACCAAAUAAAUUUGAUAUUGGUGAAAUAGUUCGUCAAGUUCGUGUAAAAAUUUUGCCCGAUGACAGAUUACCAGAUUUAUUAAACAGAUUAGCACAAGCAGGUGCUUUUGCAUUAGUUUCAACACUUCGAGAAAUGCCAAGUUGUUUGAACUGUGCCAAACCUCAAUCCAAUGAAGGUGUAACAUAUGCACCAAAAAUUGAUCAAAAGAUGGCUGUAGUGCUGUGGGAUAGUUUAUCUGCUCGGUCCGUGAUUAAUUUAGAUCGGGCACUCACAGGUGUUUACCCUUUAAUGACAACAUUUUGCGACACUCAAAUAAAAUUGUAUAACAUUUCACAAAGUCAACAAUUACCACUGAUCAACUUUGUCAGGCCUGGAUUAAUAAGAUACUGCAAACAGAGUAAAAGUUUAGAAAUUCAGUGCUCAGAUGGAAACUGGAUUAUGGUAACACAUGUUGGUGUUCCUGGAAGAAGAAUGAUGUCUGCUGCCGACUUUAAUAAUGGUUUUUUAAGUAAAGUGUCUGAGAAUUUUCGAAUAUGUAGAUAAUAGUAAUUGUAUCUAGUAAAAUUUGAAAUUUAAAAGUU